UCCGCUCUGACUGAGUCUCCUCUGCUUUGGCUUCACUCUGUGAUGAGAAGAUGAGCGGCGGCGUCCGGCGGCUGUCAGCGGAAAAUGGAGGAGGGGACGGAACCGGAACCAGAACCAGAACCAGGGGGACUCAGGAACCGCUUCUCUGCCCCUCAGAACCGCCCAGACACCAGCAGGAGAGCAGCAUCGCGGUCGUUCUUCCACAGAGUCUUCAGAAGCAGACGCUGACACCCAACGUCACCCGUCCUGCAGGAGGAGCCGCUGACGUCAUCAAGGUCUUUCUGGGGUCGCGCCUCAGGAGGCCCGAGAGCGUCAGAAUGCUGUCAGAUGAGGAGUCGGAGGUUCAGGAGGUGAGAUACUGUCUGAAGACUCUGAGGGAGCAGAUGGCAGCCAGACAAAACAACAACAACAACAACAACAACAACAACAACAACAAGGUUCCAGCUGGCGGCCUCAGAGUGAUGCCUGAUGGCGUCCCGCCUGUUUCCGCUGACGCUGCGGUCUCUGAUGCUCAUGUUGGGGAUGACGAGCAGGAGAGCGGGAAGCUCAAGGAGGUCAGCGGACGCCUCUACGGCCGGCUGAAGGAGGUGGAGAAGCAGCAUCAGGAGGAGACGGACAGACUGCAGGCGGAGUCCAACCAGCUCCGGGCUCUUCUGGCUGAACGGACAGAGCGGCUGCGGAAAGCGGAGCAGGAGUCCAAGCAGAAGGAGCAGCAGGUGGAGGAGCUGCAGAGGCUGCUGCAGAGCAUGGCGGAGGAGAGCAGCCACCUCAAAGACAGGGUGGCUGAGAAGGAGGCGGAGCUGCUGAAGCUGAAAGCAAACGAGGAGGAGGAGCAGAGGCGUGCAGAGGAGGCGUCUGUCCUGAAGGAGAAGAAUCGUCUCCUCGAUGACAUGCUGAAGAGUCAUCAGAGGAAGGUUCGCAACAUGAUUGAACAGGUGCAGAACUCAAAGACGAUGCUGCAGGACAGAGAUCGGGUCAUCCGGGAUCUGGAGGAGAGGGUGGCGUUCCUGGACGCCGAGAACCGAGAACUUCAUGAUCACAUGGACUUCUUCCUGAACGGACAGCAGCCUCCUCCUCCUCCUCCCGCUGAGAACAAGCCAGAGGUCGUCUACAGCAAACCCCUGACACCGACCACACAGACCAGCAAACCUCUGCCCUUCAUCAAAGUGGUUGAGAUCCGGUCCUGACUGGAGCAGCGGCCGCAGAGAUGACCCCUGUAAAUAUGUAUUUAUCCGCCCGCAGUCCUGCUUCAGCAGAGCUGCAGGCGGUCGCCUGAAUCCAGAACAGCAGGAAGUCCUGAAGAGGACGCAUGGCGAUGAAGACGCUGUCAUUGUGCGGCUGGAACUCUGGCAGACUCUUCCAGCCUUCAGACUCUGAAUCGGUUCUGCAAGAACCCCGACAGUUCUGGUUCUGCAGGCCAGGAAUGAAAAUGAUGGACACUUCCAGGACAACGGCUCACAGUGUUUCCCAGAAAGGAUGAACGGCGUUUUUUCCUGCAUGGAAACAUCGAUGUUCUUAGAUGUUUCUCUCAGUUGAGCAGAAUCUGCAGAAUUAUUGCCUCCUAAAGGUUUUACACCCGAGAGCUGCAGCAGGACGCGUCUGAACGCCAUAAAGUUGGAUUCUGCGCAGUUCUGGUUCCCUCUCCUGGUUCUCUGUAGGGAUUGGUUAAUCUAUGAGCAAUGAAGGUCAUGACAUUUAAUUAUUUAUCAAAAACUGAGUACGUUCUAAUAUAAAUAUAUUUAACACAUCA